AUUAACCAUGGAAGAACCUACCCCCAUUGUGUCCAAAAUGAGCUAAAAAAGCAAAAGACUUUCGUCUGAAAAAUGGUGCCUGACAUGAAACAGAAGUUUUCAACAGAGAGAAUCCAGAUAUUUUAAUUGUGAUGAUUGCAGAGAAAACAGAUAAAUGAGAGGGUGAGAAAGAAAGAGAGAUAGAGAGAAAGGGGCCCUCUCUCUAAAGCCUGCAACAGAAAUGAGUGGCACUGCACCAAAGAUUAUCCAGGUUCAUGGUGGAUCAAUGGAAUGACUUAGUUUGGCAUGAAACCCUACAUGUUGAAGGAGCUUCAUAUGCCUAUGGCCAUGUGAUUUUUGUUCCCAAAGUAUAAUGGAGAAUGAUAUGUUCGGUGUUCCUCGAGCGAUGGUGAGUCGAAAUUCCGUUGUUAUCGAUUUGAUCCCAUCAGAGACGAUCACUAAUAAUUCAAUAGUCAAUUCCAACUUGUUUAACCAGAUCAAUCAAAACCAGACACUAGCUGGAUUUCAUGUGCUUCCCUCGUUGCAAGGGGAGUUUAGUGGGGAUCUAGGUGCUGAUCACCAUACGAAUCAUGUCCGAUUCUUUGACCCUAAUGCAUUGGUUGGAAGGAAGAAUGCGAGUGUUGAUUCGGGUUCGGAACAUAACAUUGAGUUUCAUGAGCAAUUCAUGGGGAGGACACCCAUUUCUUUGACUCCACCUGCAAGGUGUGUUCUUCAAGAAAGCUUAAACGAGAUAGCGAACGUACCACCUUCGAUCUACCCUCAGGAUUUUAGGACCUACUCUUCAACUGAAAGUACUGAUGGCAUGAAUUCUACAAUGGUGGCUUCAGUAAAUAAUGUGUUUAAUGAAGUUUUUGGCAAUAUGGCAAAUAAAUGGGAUUUCGAGAAGUUUCCUGGUUCUCUCGAAGUGAUAGGGAAAACCCCAUCGAAGAUGGCAUUUCAACCUUAUUCUUUGAUAGGAUUUCCAGAUCCAAACGGUUGGAUAGCGUCAAAUGGUGCGAAUAUGGGCCUGGAUUAUCCCUGUGGUUCCUCAAAAAAUAGUAAUGAUCUAUCUUUAAGUCUUGCAACAUCACUUCCUGGUGUAAUCAGUGGGAACAAUAUACCUGAUCAGUCCUCUGAAAUAAAUUGUUGCUUGAAUGCAACAAGAUUAGGCUCAGAACAAACUUCUUGCAAUGCUAAGGAGCUUUCUCUGUGUUUUGGUUCCGAUGGACCAUUUCAAGUAUCACAUUUGAUAUCGGGAUCGAGAUAUCUUCAUGCUGUUCAAGAAAUACUUGCUCAAAUUGCAAGCUAUUCUCUUGAAAAUCUAGAGCAGACGAGUGUCGGAGCCAGAGCAACUACGGCAUUCUCCUCUAGCUGCCUUGCCAAACGAUGGAUGGCGAUGAUUGAUUCCAAUGAUCUCCCUGAUGUUAAUGGUAACUCCGAGGUUCAGUUAGAUGCAGAAGUACAAACAAGGUCUGUCGAAGCAAAAAAAUCCCAACUGCUGACUUUGCUCCAAGCGGUUGAUGACAGAUACAGUCAAUGCUUGGAUGAGAUCCAUACAGUUAUAUCCGCAUUUCAUGCCGCAACCGAGUUGGACCCUCGAAUGCAUGCUAGUUUUGCUCUACAUACCAUCUCUUUCUUGUACAAGAACCUUAGGGAGAGGAUCAGCAACCAAAUCCUUGCCAUGGGAGCAAAUUUCGACAGCGGAUGCACGAGAAGUAGCAAUAAUUCUUUUCAGAAUUCAUUCAUACGGGAGCAAUUGGCACUUCAGCAGCUGAAGAAGAAGGAUCAAAUAUGGCGACCACAGAGAGGAUUGCCAGAGAAGUCUGUCUCAGUUUUACGUGCAUGGAUGUUUCAGAACUUCCUUCAUCCGUACCCCAAAGAUGCAGAGAAACAUUUACUUGCAAUAAGAAGUGGCUUAACCAGGAGCCAGGUCUCUAAUUGGUUCAUAAAUGCCCGUGUUCGUCUAUGGAAGCCGAUGAUAGAGGAAAUGUACUUGGAGAUGAACAGGAGAAAAGCACGACAAAACGAGGAAGGAACCAACAGCAGGAACCCCCAGAGCCAGAUAAGCAUCAACAACCAUCAAAGGUUUAACAACUAAAAGCACAAGAAAGAGUAUACGGAUUGGAUCCCGGA